AUGAGUUCAGCAAAAAGACCAUAUAAUGAAACUAUGUCUUCACCUUCUUCCACUUCAAAUGCUUCCUCUUCUUUAAAUGAUGAUUUUAUGGAAGAAAAAGUUGAACAAGGUAUGGAUAUUGAACAAAAUGAACAAAUUGUAUAUCAUAAUUUAAUCGAAGGAAACUUUAGAAGGAAAAAACUAAAUAAUGAUAAGGUUGAUCAAUUGAAUACUUUUAUUUCAAAUCCUUUUCCAUCUACUUUAAAUAAUUCAUUUCAACCAUAUACUUCAUCACGUAAUUAUCCUCUAAAGGAUAUAGUUUCUGAUACUAAAACUUCUUCUAUUCCGUUUCACAAAGUCUCGGCGACUGUUUUAAAUGAAGAAAAUAAUGAACUAGAUAAAAAUAAAAACAACAAUUGUUCUUUAAAGCAAAAUUCAUUCGAUUCAUUGACGUCAUCACCAACAAUUUCCAUUUCAACGUCAGAGACAAGAAUUAGCGAUGUCACUAUCACUGCUUCCAACGAUUAUUUCUCGUCUACUAUUGAUUUUACUAAAGAAUAUAUCCGUACACAAUUGAACGAAUCUGAUAGUAAAGGACCAUUUUAUUCAUUUUAUCCUCAAAUCUAUAAUAGUAAUCGCCUGGUAAUUUUUGAAGAAUCAUUCUCUUAUUUAAGACAAUUAUAUGAAUUCUGUGAUGAUAGUUCAACAAAAUUGGCAUCAAAUGUAACUUCAGUAUUAGCUGGUUUAAUUGCAUUAUUAAAUGUUCAAUUGGAUGGGUUUGAUAUACCAUUUAUUGAACAUCAUAAAUGGAAUGGUUCAAAUUUUUACGGGUCUAUUGAUAUUGGAACUUUAUUGGACCAUUUAGAUGAAGGUUUAGGUAUAUCAACUGCCGAAUUUGUUUUUUAUAAUCGUGACGAUAAUGGAUCUUCCUUUAUAAAAACUGGUAGAUCAGUUCUACAAUGUGGUUAUCGUAAAACACGUAGUAAGCUUAAACCUUUUGAUACUCCUUCUCCACAGACUUUGUUAAAUAAUAAUGAAUUAAGGCAUGCGGUAUUGGAUGUAGAUGCUGAAAGAGAAACUCAACUUUUCUUGGAAUCAUUAGCCGCAGAAGAACAAGAAGAAAAUUAUACUGACCAUGAAGAUGAAACGUACAACCGAUACAUUCGGAAAUCUUACAACGAGACUGAUGAUGAUUUAAUUCAUAGUGAGGAAUCUUCUUUUGACGAAGUUGAUGACGUUUCUGAUAUUGAAAGUGUUGUGACUGAUUCUACUGUCGAAGAAGAUUGGCUUCGUGUCUCUAGAAAUAAUUCCCAUUAA